UUUCUAACUGCCUGCUUUUAUUUUGAAGUUCUUCCCUUGCGUAGCUUGUUUUGGUUCAUCCUUUCCUCCUCCACGGCGCCCCCUGGCGGUCACUGCUCUUCUCUGUCAGGUCGUCAUAAUACGCUGGUAUCAGCGGCAGGGCUGUACAUUCAGCACAGGUUUUAAACCUCUCCCAGGCUGUAAUGUCCUGACAGAGAGCAGAAGGUUUGCUUUGGGAUCCGUAGAGGACAGCGGGGAGACCGCGGCGGACAGAUCCCUGAAGGGACGGAGAUGGGACUCAUCUUAGCCGCUGGGUUCGCUCCGUGUCGCCGUGAAGAAAGCUUCAUUCGCUUUGGCUUACCUGGAGGCUGCAGCUCGGAACCUUUAAAUUGAACUUCAGGCUAAAAGUGAGUCGACCUGCUCUCAGUUCUGAUCUUUCCAGCUGGACCAGAGGAUAUGAGAGGCUGCAGGAGGCGCUGAUGGAGCUCCAGGAGUUGAGCUGGCUCUGUCUGGUGACUCUCUUCCUUGCCUCCUUGCUCAUAGUGCUGGGAUGGCUGCUCCAGUACUCGCUGACUGUACUGCGGCUCUGGAAAUCCAGGAAGGCAGCCAAGCAAGGUGGCCGAGAGACAGCCUGGCUGCAGCGGCAGCAGCAUGUCUUCUCCACUCAGCCCCAACAGACUCAGGCUGGAGGCGUAUGGGGCUUUCUGCUGAUGAAGCUGCGCUCUGGCAAGGAUGGAGCUGCUGCCUCUGAGGCUGGGGUCAAAGGCCUGCUGACCUCUCUGUUCUCCUUCAGGUCCUUCAGGGAGCACUGGCAAAGAACCUGGGUGAAGGCUCUGAACGAGCAAGCGUGCAGGCAUGGGAGUUCCCUCCAGAUAACUUUUGACAGCAGUCUCCAGUUAACCGCUGGCUCUGCAAUAGAUAGCGUGACCUGCACUGACCAGUCAGCGAACAAAAUGGUGUUACACUGUAAAUGCUGGGUAGACACGCUGACGUUUCCUGUGACUGUGACCCAGCAGUCACCCGCUGCUGUUUCCAUGGAUACGUAUCAGAUCACUACUGCACCUAUGAUGGCUAAGGUGGACGUGUCCCUGGAGGAAGUGGAGGACGAGGGCUUGCUGAUAUCUUGGACUUUUUCCAAGCAGCCAUCAUUUUCUCUCACCGUGUCCCCGUGUAAACUGCAGAGACAGGGCUCGGAGGCUGCAGCAGACCUGGACAUGAUCAAAGGAAUGGUUGAAGACACGCUGUUCAGCGCCCACCCGGCCAUGGUCCUCAACCUCAAGGCCUCCAUGUUUUCUAGUGUGUCCCCAAUGGACCAUCUCUCAGUGGGAGACAGCGCCACAUCCCAUGGGUUCUUAGUGAGGCGGCUCCUUCUCCAGCAGCUCAGGGUGACCUUAAGUAAAGGCCUGUGGUCCAGAUCAGGGGAGCUGUGCUGCGUCCUGAGUCUGGACCAGCCGUCGGCAGAGAGGAGGACCUGCUUCCUGUCUGUGCCGAGAAACCCCGACACUGCCCUGGAGUGGAGCGAAAAAAUGACUCUGGAGCUUGGCCCGGAAACCAAAGAGCUCAGGUUCAGGCUUUUGGAGCGGAGCGGCACAAGAGAGCAAUUUCUUCCUGGUCACGCCGCCAUCGCCAUGAACCUUCAGUCUAAAACCCCGACUGGGCAACAUGUUGUGUGUCUCAGCGCUGGCCCUGGCUCAGCACCAGAUGCUACCAUCAGCACCGAGCUGCUGUAUGUAGAAACCGUAGACCCUCGCAGUUCCCAGAACGCUUUCCCUAUUCGCUCCUCGUUGACCCCUACGAAGAAGGUCGACGUGGAUCGAACAAUCACGCCAGAUGGCACCAUCGUCACUACCGUCACCACCGUGCAAUCGCGAAUGAAGCUUGAUCGCAGUCCAGGUGAUUCCCCGCUGCGUUCACCAUCCAAAGUCGAGGUGAGCGAAAAGAAAGCAGCCGUGUUGGUGGACGAAAGAGGCAGCAGCAGCACCAGCCCCAACCCGAGCAAGAGCAGUCGCCUGUCUAAUGGCCUGGAUCCUGUUGCAGAGACGGCCAUUCGGCAGCUGACAGAGUCUGCAUCCAAAUCAGCCCGGAAGACGCCAACAAAGAGGAGCACACUGAUCAUCUCCGGCGUGUCAAAGGUUCCUCUCACCGAGGACAACUGUGCACUAUCAACCGGCUACGCGGCCGCUAUGGAUGCGGCCAUGCACGGCAACCACUUCAGGUCGGGGCAUCACCAGGACCCUGAUGAAACCACUCCCUCUGACGUGUCGGAGCGCCCCUCUGUGGAUGACGUGGAGUCUGAUACCGGGUCCGCUGGCGCCUUGGAGACACGCAGCUUGAAGGACCAUAAAGUGGGCUUCCUCCAGAGCGGCUCCAAGCUGCUGUUCCGCAGAAGACACAGAGAAAAGGAGCCCUGUCUCAGCCAGUCCCACGAGGACAUCUCCAACAUGGGCAAUAACUUUGCAGCCCCGGCCACGGGCCCCACUCGCAAAAAGUCUGGCAGCUUCUCCCGGCGCAUCAUCAAGCGCUUCUCCUUCCGCUCGUCCGGCAAAUCGAAAGGCAAGGCUGCUGCUACCAACGGAGGAGCGAGCUCUGUGGAUAAUUGAUUAUAAUCAUGAAAGGGAAUAUCAAAGGCUCUGUGAUCAGCCCUUAACAAGCUGACAAUCCCAGUGGGUUACAACCUGCACUUCCUGAAGGAAGGAUGUUUCUGGAAGGAAAACUCUCUGAAAUGAUUCUUGUACUCCUUCAGUACAAAAAAAAAAAAAAAAAAUCAUGAGAUUAAUCUAAAAUGGGUUGGUGAACUCGGUUUUCUUUGACGAGAGGUCUGCUGCUCAGUGAAAACAAUCGCUGUAGGGGAUUUUUUUCUUAUCCCUAUUUAAACACAAACGACUCUGUUUGAUUAAGACGGGUGAUGGAAAUACUCUAAAACUAUAUAAUUAUGUAAACUCGCCAGUGUGACGUUGCUGGAUGCACUUUGGACUGAGGUUCUCUGCUUUUUUUUUUAAUGGCACAUGUCAAAUUUUGAAAGUUGUAAAAAUAUAAUUUAUUAUUAUGCGUGUCUCUUAAAUGCUAUUUAUUUUCUUCUGCCAAAACCAAGUCAUUCUAGUUGCAUUACUCUGUAAAUUAAUAACAGGUGUGCUUUCUAUGCAAAUUUCUUUUUAAAUUCAUUUAGGUAACAUAAAUGCACAGCACAGUUCAGCUGAGAUAGAUUUCUGGUAUAUCUGCUUAAAAAAAAAAUCUUGUUUCAUGUUUUAUCUUAUACCCUAAAUCAAAAAAGAUAUAGCAUUUAUAAUAAUUUUGUUUUUAUGUAGUUGUUUUCUGUGGGAUAUCAUAUGUUAGGUUUGUCUUUGAAGGUUCAGACAGACUUUUUAUGCUGGGCAAUAAUUUUAUUCAUUCUGAAUUUAGUUUUAAAUGGUCAGGCACUCAAAGGGAUUUCAUUGCUGUAAAUACUUUCAUUGUUGUGCAACAACACUACUUGCUCUGUGUUAAAUAGCUCUACGUACAAUAAUUCUCUACAGAAAAUCCACACUAUUUUAUUAUCACAUUGUGGCCAGUCAGAAGUUUUGAUUUUCUUAUUGGCAUUAAAUAUCAUUAUGAUUUUUUAGGGUGGGAUAAUAAUCAUAAUUAAAGCAAUUUUACUGAAUGAAAUUGUUUAAAAACUUUGGAUUUGAUGCUGUAAUCCACAGAAUAUCAAGUGUAUAUAUAUAUACACUAUCUAUAUAUAUAUAUAUAUAUAUAUAUAUACCUCCAGUCUUCAAUAGCUCUCUAUUGAGUUAGUUGAAUUCUUUCUGCAGACUUGCCUCUUAAACAUGGCGGUCCAUUAAUGUUGGGACUCCAUCAGAACUUACUUCCUCUAUUCCACAACCAACUUCUGCAUCUAAACCAUCUACCAGCUGAUUUCAGGUACAAGCACCACUAGCCGCUAAACAAACAGUUUUGUCUUUAAUCAUGAAACUUUUAUCAAGCAUGUGAUUAGCUUGUUCAUAUAGACAGAAGCUAAUUUCAGUGGCGUUUGAAGCUGCCCACUUUCAGCAGAUGCUUCUUUUUUUCUGAUUCAUGUUCUUGUAAAUAAUUACAUUACUGUUGCCUGUUUAUGAAAAACCUGCACCGGAUUGUGCUUGAACAAUGUAAACUUUUAUAAUUUUUUUUAUUUGAGGUAAUAUUUUAGGCUGGAUUGCUCAGUCUAGGGUACAGUUUGGAGUUCCAACAAGACAAUAGUCCCAAACACUCAUUAAAACUAGUUGGUAGUGGAAAUUCCCAACUUUAAGCGCAUAGAAAAUUAUUUAGCUUGAUUAAAAGCCAAGAAUGUGACAAGAAACCAACCAAUUUUUGUAAAGCGUGGUCACAAACUCAGCCAGAAUUACACCAGAAGCUUUUUAGUAACUAAAAAAUUGGAUGGUGUCAUUUAAUCAAAUAUCAGUGAAGGUGUAUGAUAUACGAGACUGAAUAUCUAAUGUCGUCCCUGUGUGGAUUAGACAAAAUCCUGCACAAAUUCAAGGUUGUUUUAAAAUAUUAUUGAAUCUGAUUGUUACAUCAGUCCACCCAGACAAAAAGCAAAAAUCAAAAUCACUGUUAAAAAGAUUCAGAUAAUUUUUAUUAAUGAUGAGUAUUUGCAAAACUGUCAAAAGCGUUUGGAAAGCGUUCAAGGUGGCUUAGCUCAGGCAAAGUGAACAUGGAAUGUGAUUUUGUGUGGAAGCAGAGGGACUGCACUCAGGGCUGGAAAUUCAAUUAUUAGUAACUGUACAUUAGGAGGAAAACUGCUGCACCACACUGUACAGGAUUUCAGCUGUUUUUCAGAAAACCUUUGAAGUGACUGCAAUAAUUUUGCGACAUCAGAAAAAAACAAA